AUGGCUGACGCUGGCUCUUCCUUCAACGCCAGCUCAGUCGACCUCGACAACACUCCCCUAGUCGACAUCAUCUGCUACCUGAACGGCAGUGGCAAUGCCUACGACGACAGGCUAGGCUUACACAUUGCUUCCAUUUUUGUCAUUCUCGUCGUCUCGACGGCGGUCACCUUCUUCCCCGUCCUGGCAACCCGUAUCCGGCGCCUGAAAAUUCCCCUGUCCGCCUACCUCUUUGCUCGGUAUUUCGGCGCCGGUGUCAUCAUCGCGACCGCGUUUGUGCAUCUCCUCGACCCGGCCUACGGGGCCAUUGGGCCCAACACCUGCGUCGGCCUGACGGGGGGGUGGUCGACGUACUCCUGGCCGCCGGCCAUCGCCCUGUCGUCCGCCAUGAUCAUCUUCCUCGUGGACUUCCUCGCAGAGUACUACGUCGAGAAGCGGUACGGGCUCGUCCACGCCGAGGUUGAAAACAUCAUCACCGACGCAUCCGGGGCCAAUGGCAACGGCACUCAAGGCGCUCACGGCUCCCACUUGCAUCUGCACUCGGCGGAUCAAGAUGACCGGCCGAAGGACGCGAGACGUGCGCCCGCGGCGGUCAGGAGCGAAAAGUUUGACAGCGACCUGGAGGAGCUGACGCAUCUCACGGGCGAUUCCGAGGAAAUCCACCGCGCGUUCCAGUCGCAAAUCUCGGCCUUUCUGGUGCUCGAGUUUGGCGUCAUCUUCCACAGCGUCAUCAUCGGCCUCAACCUAGGCGUGGCCGGGGGCAGCGAUUUCAACACCCUCUUCCCCGUCCUCGUGUUCCACCAGUCGUUUGAGGGCCUGGGCAUCGGCGCUCGUCUCAGCGUCAUCCCGAUUCCUACGAGGUGGAGGUGGUUGCCCUGGGCGCUUUGCUUGGCCUACGGGCUGACGACGCCCAUCUCCAUUGCCAUCGGCUUGGGACUGCACAAUACCUACAGCGGCAGCUCGUACACUGCCAAUGUCGUGUCUGGCGUGCUGGACUCCGUAUCGGCUGGGAUUCUCAUCUACACGGGGCUGGUGGAGAUGCUCGCGCGCGACUUUCUCUUCAAUCCGCACCGUACCAAUAACAAGAAGCGCCUGGCGCUUAUGCUUGUGUCGCUGUAUCUCGGGUGUGGUAUUAUGGCUUUGGUUGGACGAUGGGCAUGA